AUGAGUUUCUUUCUUCGCAAGACCAAGUUCAAAUAUGCCUCACACCUGGACAACCAUAGCAUUCGGCUUGUGCGAUUUCUCAAGCCAGGAUGGACACAGCGAACAGCGGAGUUGAGUCUCGAGCUAAGCAUCUGGCAACUCCAAGAUUCCGACAGGCUUGGCUAUCACGCGCUCUCGUAUACCUGGGGGCCACCCGAAGGGGACGGUAGUUACAGCUCUUCCGACAUGCGCCCAAUUCUACUCAACGGCAGGAAAUUUCAGGUCUAUCCCAACUUGCACGAUGCUCUUGUCCAGCUUCAAAACUCUCUCGUCACUGAGUAUCACUGGAUUGAUGCCAUCCGCAUCAACCAGGAAGACGAACGUGAAAAAGCAGCUCAAGUAUCCAUGAUGGCUCAUAUCUAUUUCUCGGCCACUCAAGUCAAUGUCUGGGUUGGAAGAAGUAACGAAGACACACCCAUGGUCAAGGCUCUGAUCGGGAACUUGGCAAUGUAUAUUGACAAUGUAUUGGCCAUCGAGGGAGACCUGGAUCCCCUACUCGAGAGAAAGGUGAAACAACUUGGACUCCCAUCCUUGACCAGGGAGAAUUGGCUACCAUUGGUGAAAUUCUACUUUCUAAAUUGGUUCAGGCGAUCGUGGGUUAUACAGGAAGUGGCACUGGCAAGGAAUGUUCGUAUUGUCAUGGGCGACAAGGGGUACAUCACUUGGGGGGACCUCAGAGAUGCAAAUGGCAUCAUGAACCGACUCGGAUUCUACCCAGGCGGCUUGACCGAGAUGCAGCAGGGACUGGGAGAUGAAUGGACGUUUCCCGCAAUUGGUUAUCCGGCCGAGAUGAUCAUGGCCAAUGGCUUGUGCAAGUCUUGA